AUGUCAGAGCAACAGCCUCUCCUACAGGAUGCAGAAGCCGGUGAAAACUCGAACCCUACUAGUGCAGUGUCUUUUCGGGAACGUUUGGCUUUCUGGCUUGAGUCUCAGCUCUUUCAUAAGAUUGUGAUUGCCUUGAUCACGAUAGAUGCAGCUAUUGUCCUUACGGACCUUGGGUAUACGUUGCUUUCCCCGAAUUGUACCACAGAAGGACCGGAAGGCCCUCAAUGGCUUGAGGUCCUCACCCAUAUCUCUCUCGGAAUUACUGCUUUCUUCCUCCUCGAAAUACCCCUUGCUUUAUUGGCUUUUGGUUCAGACUAUUAUAAUCCUUUUGGAGCUGUUCCCCAUGCAAUACUACACGACUUCGAUGCUGUCAUCAUUGUAACCACAUUUAUCUUGGAAGUCUUCCUGAAAGGCAAACAGAGGGAGCUUGCGGGGUUGCUUAUCGUCCUCCGUCUGUGGCGUUUGGUGAAAUUGGUGGGAGGGAUCGCUGUCGGAGCAGGAGAGCUGGAAGAAGAUACCGCAAAAGAAUUUGCAGAGCUCAACACGGAGUUUGAGAAAACAAAGCGAGAAUUAUCUGAGGUACAGGAAGAGAACAAGAAACUCCGGGCUAGAUUGGUGAAUUUAGGCCAGAGCCAGAAUGAUUAA